AUGCUGGUGAUUCGGCGUUCAAUCGAUGUGUCGUUAGCGACAGUCCAGGUUCAGGUCACGGGUCCCGAUAAGACUAUGGAGGCGAUGGCUGAUAAGAGGAUUGCUCAUAAGAAUGACAAGUCACCAGCCCUAAUCAAUCCAACUGGUGGUUCCAUUGCAGCUAUACGGGCUGACAACUUUGUACCCAUUCUUUCUGGUAAUAUCUACAAGAUUAAGAUGCCAGAAGAAGAGGUUAAGUAUUUUAUCGACAUGUUGGAAAUCCAAUGGCGCCUCACUGUCAUUGGAGCCUUGGCCGGUGCUGCCGAUCAUUUGGAACUUCUUCCCAUGUUCGAUGAUUUCGAUCCCAUGGGACAAAUCGCGCCUGUAGCUCAAGACCAGCCAGAAGGUUUCGGACAAGGCCCACAACAAUACCCCCGUGCUGAGUCUUGA